AUGGUUGCUCCUGCCUCAAAGAUCUUGAUGUCGAGCCCUAGCAGCCCCAAGGCCGUGGCAUCCUCCAAGCCACAGCCUAGGCAUGAAAAUGUGUCUUCAAACCAUCGGGCUAGGCCGCCAAGGCCGAACUAUAGACAUAUCCAUCGCUUCCCUCUUCCACUCACUGUUCAUCCCCUCCCUCCAUUAAUCCCUCAUAAUCCGCUCUCCAUAAUCAGUGUUGCCCUGUCAUACUUGACCUUUUUCAUCUCUCCCCCGCAUCGUGAGACCUACCAUGCCUACUUUGACUCGGCUACUUCGUCUGUUCAUGUAACAAAUGAGAAGACUAUCCGAGCACUGUGGGAGAUGGGGUUCUUCGGUAAGGGGUCUCUGAGUCGCAGUGAGCCUAGCUGGCUGGAGCGAGAGAAGAAGAGGAGAGGACUAUUGGAAGGCGCAACCAGUGAGGAGAUUACUGGCAAACGACGGGUAGAAAGACGUGAGUUGAAGCUAGAGCGCGCCAGGAUGGAGAAACUGGCCAUCGAAGAGAGGCUAAAGUCCGAGGCUGCCGCUCGGCAGAACGGUACUGUAAUGCCUUCUGAAAUUUCGACGUCGGUUCCAGGCGGGGCAACAAAUGGAACCGCUUUAGCCUCUGAGAAGUUUUCCCUCAAGAAAGCCAGAGAAGCGAGAACCCACGAGUCUCAACGCUUGGCCGGACAGUCGGCAGAUGUAGAUGCCCCGGAUGAAGCUUCUGAAAAGAAGACCUCAUCUCCGAGCAAAUCUGUACGGUUCUCGCCCGUGGUUCAGGAGAGAGAGUUUAGUACUCAGCCGGACCAGCUGACACUGUCCGACCCGCCGAACCAGGAGCAGCGGGCUGAGGAGUCUGAUUUGAAAAAUGAAGAACACCUUCAGCUCUCAAAUGAGGAAGCUUUCUUCCUUGCUUAUGGUCUUGGUGUCCUGCAGAUCUUCGACGAAAAGGAGCACACUGUGAUUCCUUCUCUGUCUUUGUUCUCCAUGUUCACCCAACAUUCUUAUUUCCCCCCUCGUGAACCCUCCGCCAAUCCGGAGCCAGACAACCCUUUCGUUGUAUCAUACGCUGUCUACCAUCACUUCCGCUCUCUGGGGUGGGUCGUGCGUUCGGGUGUCAAGUUCGGGGUUGAUUAUCUCCUUUACAAUCGUGGGCCAGUAUUUUCUCACGCCGAGUUUGCGGUUGUCGUUCUUCCCUCUUACGAUCACCCGUACUGGAGCGAGACCGAAGCCAGACGGGAGAUGGUGGCCACCAAGCAAGCCCGCAGCUGGUGGUGGCUGCACGGUGUCAAUCGAGUCCAGGCACAAGUGAAGAAAAGCCUGGUGCUGUGCUACGUGGAAAUCCCUCCGCCGAUGUCCUCGCAUGAUUUUUCUAUUCCAACCGAUGACAUCGGGGCAUACUUGCGGCGGUACAGGGUCCGCGAAAUCAGCAUCAAGCGAUGGGUGCCGAACCGAAGCCAUCUUCUCUACCUAGAUACUUUUCUUUCCAUCGGACUGGCUGCCGGGGUGAUGAAUUCCCAGGAGGACAGCGUCGACAUUGCGAGGCUGAAACGCGUCGCGCUAGGAUUAUAUGAACUGUCUCAGCCUUGCUCUAGGCAGUCUCUGAUCGCUUUAGAAACGGCACAAGAAGUGGCUCCUGGUACGCCGAAUAAAGGAACCGAACGCCGUUCCAGUGAUGUCCGCCUGGAAAAUCUCGAGUCCUCGUCGAACCCUGCCGAUACUACGUUGCCAUCCACGACGCAUUUCCCUCCCUACUCACAACGGCAUGCAUCGAGUCCGUUGAUUACAAGCACUGUGCGCUUUGGCUCGGCCCUGCCUCAGAGUGCCUCUGCACCACAAUCGAAGAAAAUGAGCUCCGCAGAUACCCCCCAGGGAGACACCCAGGUGGUAUCUCAGUCGGUGUAUGACGGUCUUAUUAGACAUCAUCAGGAUACAGGAGCCGAUGGAGCAACAUUGGUAACAUUGCAUGAAGGAGAUACCGGUCACAUUAACUUGUUAUCUGGACUCGACGACUUACGACCGGCGACAAAUGACCUGGAUGAUGCCGAAGAUAGUAGCAGUGCUAGGCUAGACGACGAAUCCUCUCCUCUACACUACCAGCCUGACCUGUUCCCCGAGUCUCAGCGAUUCUUGGCCACCACGCCGGCAACUAUCGUGAAAGAUAGCCGUUUCGCGGCACCCUCGACCGUUACUCCUUCGAUAUCACGCAACCCUCUGGCGUCGACUGUUGACUCGAGUGGCGGCAUCAUGGCUCUCAGCCAGGUGUUCAAAGCGACACAGGCCCCGUCUUCACCUCUGGUAAACGGUCCCCAAGCAGACCUAAUGUCUGAUCGGCCUUCUCCGAACAUCCCUAUCCAGAACCGGCCCCUUGGUACAAACUUCUCAUCGCCGUUCAUGAGCAUGCCACCGGCAUUACCCCGGGAAUCAUCAGAUGGCCAUUUGACCUAUAUUUCAAUGAAGGAGUCUCAGGCUGCUAGGAAUAAGAGGAUAGGGGAGAGAGCUACGCGGUCUGCAGACGACAUAUACUCUGAAGAUCACAGUGAUGACGAGUUUGGCAAAGAACCUAGCUUUGUGGAACGUUUGCGGCGUCAAAGAAGGAUUGAUGAGGAAGCCCAUGUCCAGCUUUCUGGUCUGACUGCUCCGGCUAGGUCUAGAUUGAGUCUGCGUGGCAGGCAGAGCCCAGAGCAGAGCGCGCCUUCGCAUGGAAAACUACGAUCACGUUCUUGGACUGGCGGCUCCGCCAUUAUUGUCGUCGAUGAGGACGGUCAUGAGUCUACUGUUGCAGCAAAUUGCGGCGCCAGCGAAGAGGAGACUGAACAGGAAGACCUAGACGAGUUGGAUGCGCAAGUCGCAGUUUCUCAGCCACUUCAGUCUUCGACCGAGGAAGACAAGGAGAACUUCGAUAUUACACCUUUGCCUGCUGUCGUCUCCGCAAACACUGCCCAUGAUAGGUUAUCUCAGGCGCUUGCUCUUCAUGAGAGCCCAUCUACUCGCAGCAGGAUCUCAAUGCCCGAGGUCACCGGCUCUCUCCACAAACCUAAUAGUAGCCCAACUCGAAUCGAUCAUCCGGAUGAUCUCAAUAGAUCCUCCCAAGUGUUCAUUGUGAAGGAUUCGCAGCAGUCUCCUGGGCGAAAAGAAAUCGACGGCACCCAAGAAAGUCUUGGGAACAGAGCUUAUCCAGUUACUGCCCGAUAUCCUUACUCCCGAUUCCAAGUUGACCCUUCUUCUGACCUUGACGGGGCUGCCUCAUCGCCUGUGAGGAAGCCGCUGAUACAAUCAUCUCCCAUAAAAGAGCGAGAACGUCUCGCUAAGAGCAACGAAGUUUGUCAUGAUGUGGGUUCUCAUAACCGUUCAUUAUCAGCUAGUACGAAUGAAUCGGCAUCUGAACUCCCCGAGCCCCUGUCUAAUCCUCAAGACACCCACCUGAAGUCUGGCCCCGUCGGUAGCCAGCACUUGGGUCGUUCUGCUAGGUCAUCGGGCAUCGAGCUUCGAGACAAAUCUUCAUCCAUGCCCUCCCGUGUUGCAGAGACGCCACUCCACCCGCUUCUGGGAAGUUUCGGAGACGCGGUCCCUGCUAUGAGCAUUCCAGAGACCAGCCCUAACCGACUCACCACCCACGAUUUAUUGAAUAAUGACGAAAUCCUAGAUGAUGGAGACGAUGAUCUUCCUCCUCCUUACCCGAUUGAUCAUGAUCGAAUUCGCCAUAGUCAAGCGGCUGAUCCCCUCAGCCUGCCGCCAACGAGGCCUACAUACAAUCCUAAAAUAUUGUCAAGUCCCAGUGGUAGACAGCGCAGGAGGCUGACUGAGAUUGCCGCUGAUGUCUCACCCCAGAUUGGCACAGGCCCUUUCGACAUUGACCUCGGGAUAUUCACUGCGGAAGACCGGGAGUUCGGAUCGCUGGUUGGUCUGUCACCCAUUCCGCCGAGGAAAAAGAGGCGCGGUAAGGAUGGCGCUGUAUUUGCUUCAGAUCCCGUCAUUCCAACCACACCUCGAUUCAUCCAACAGCCCCACGAAGAAAGACAAGAAGCCGUCCACCCGUCACGGCUACAGCCGACAGAGAGCUCCAAUCGAUUCCCCUCUCGACGGCCGCGUACCCCUCGAGCAACAGGUAGCCUGUGGGACGUGGAAGAGUCGCCCGAAAGUAGUAUGGCUAGUAAGGCCAGGUCUUCAAAGUUUUUGGAAUCCCGACAUCAAAGCCUCCAGGCCUCGCCUACCAAGAGGAGUCCUAGAUCUACGGCCGCGCAACCUGCUCCCAUUGUCAAAGAUCCAAGUUUGGUCAGGAGAAAAAGCCCUCGUCAUGACGGGCCAGAAGAAGAAGAGUCUACGACGCUACAUAACUCUUCCAAUAACCAUCCUGAAACUUCAGAUAAUUCUUCCACUCAUCCGAUAAUUGCUCCAAAUCAGGUCUUUGCUCAUUGGAAAGGACCGAAGCGAGCGUAUUAUCCUGCCACAUGCUUUGGCACACCAAUCUAUGGUUCCUCAACUCGCUAUGUCGUUAAAUUCGAAGACAGCCCUUUUGUCGAGGUGCCUCUUGCCUCUGUGAAGAGACUUGACCUGCGCGUCGGGGAUGCUGUUAAGGUUGAUAUGCCUAACGUGCCCAAGGUUACUCACAUUGUUCGUGGAUUUGCGGAUAAGCUGGAACCAGAGGAAAUGUCAAAGCCAGACAUGUAUGGUUUCAUUCCAGUGACGGAUGUCUACGGCCAUUCAACCCUCAUCUUGGGCCCAAAGCAACGCAAGAGUCUUCCCGUGCGCGGCCUGUCGGUGUCUGAAAGCACUAUCAAAGUUCCUCUAUCGAGAAUCUAUCUCGAUACUAUCUUAUGGAACCAGCUGAAAGACCGCAGCUUCUCUUACAUAUCCGAGAGAGAACAGACAGACGGCGGCUUCAAGACACCAUCUGAUAGGCAUGCAACACCCGUCUCCCCCAGCACUCGUCUCUCGCGCAGCAUCAACUUCUUCGGUGGUCUAUUCGCAGGCAUGGUGUUUGCGGUCUCCUUUGUGGAAAAUGAGGACGCCAAAGACCGAGUGACGAAAUUGAUUCGGGAGAAUGGCGGUCAAAUUCUGAGAGAGGGCUUUAACGAACUGUUUGAAAUGCCGGCUAGUCUCCCACUUGCCGCUCCAACGAGGUCUCCAACCUCAGGUGAUAAGAAGACCCCUUCAAGCUUUCGGCUUACCCGAGGCGCCGAGACAGUAGGAUUCGCAUGUCUGAUCGCAGAUAAACACUCUCGACGCGAGAAGUAUAUGCAAGCCCUGGCCUUGAAUCUUCCGUGUCUUGCAGGCCGUUGGGUGGAGGACUGUGUGGCUCAGAAUCGCAUUGUCGACUGGGAAAUGUAUCUCCUCCCUGCCGGUGAAUCGAUGUACCUUGGGGGAGCAACAAAGUCGCGAGUCCUGCCCUUCGCCCCGGCCCAUUCAGCACAGCUAUCUCAAACCAUCACAGCUAGACCAAAGCUUCUGGAAGGCCAGUCCGUCCUCCUUGUGAUGGGCCGUGGGAAAGCCGAAGAGAAGCGCAAAGCAUACAUUUUCCUCACCUACGCCUUGGGUGCUUCAUGCGUGGAACGCGUCCACGACUUGCGGGCAGCCAAAGCCGUGUUGGACCAGCCUCCGCAAAAUACCGACGCGCCCCCCGUCUGGGACUGGGUGUACGUCGAUGACUUUGAACAGGCCACCGCGCGGAAGAUGCUCCUAGGCGCUCCUCUCCCUGCUGGGUCGCAGACGACGCAGUCUUCUCGUGGCAGGAAGCGUAAGCGAUCCGAGGUGAUGGAUUCGACCGCUACGAGCAGCCAGUUAGACCAUAGUCGAAAACCACGCAUUGUCGGUAACGAGUUUGUGUGUCAGAGUUUGAUACUGGGGAAACUCUUUGAGGAGUGA